AUGCCGGGUGCUAGCUCUCUUGACUAUAAAUUCACCAUCACCCCUAACGGACAACCGUGGUAUAAACUUCAAGGCCUGGUCAAUGGAAACAUAUUUUUUAAUUGUACCAGAUGUAGUGAGAAGGUUGGAUUCAUCAGUAUUCAGGGGAUGAUGGACAAUGCCACACCGGCCUGGGAUCAGCAGAGGGACACUCUGAAAUAUGUGAUGGAAGAGCUCAAGAUGAAACUGCUUGACAUUAAAGCAAAGAUUAUUACAACCUGCGAACCUCUCUCACUACAGGGCAGCAUGAUGUGUAAGCAGGAAUCCAGUGGACACAGCAGUGCAUCCUGGGAGUUUGGAUUUGAUGGACAGAUAGCUCUCUACUUGGAAUCCCAGAGCAGAAGGUGGACAGUGUUUCAUGGUGAAGGAAGACUGUUAAAGGAGACAUUGGCGAGUGACAGAGCUAUGACCGAUCUGCUUGUUAGGACCUCAGCUGGAGACUACGGGGAGUGGCUUAAACAUGUUUUGUGUCCCCAGGAUGGAGUUCUGAGCACAGCAGCUGCAGUGUCCAAGGCCACAAGGAAGACACCCAUCACUGCGAUCAUCCCUGUGAUCCUCGCCUGCUCGGUCACAGUUGGCAUCCUGUGUGUGUCCUUACAGUCACAGGUACUGAGGGCAGAACUGAGUGGGCAGUGA